GGUUCAAUGUUCCCCCCUCGGAUCGUCGAUAUUGCAGCUUCGUGUGGGGUUAUCUAAGAUCAAGUAGCAUCCAUGAAUCCAUGUGGGAGUAGACGGCUACAUACCAGGUAGGUACCGAAUGAAUUUCCCGGACGGAUACCUUAUGGAAUCUGGUGUUACCCCGUUUGAACACCUAGGUGCCUUGACUUGAACCGUAAAAUGCUACCGGUAGGCGAAUUAACGAUCUUGGGAUAAUCAACUGGGUCUGUAAACAGGCCAGCGUCGACUAUUUCCAGUGCUAUCAUCGCUUCAAACUCAUCAGAAAGAGAAAUGUCUUUUCCGUACAAAAACGUGCUCCUAAUCGGCGCCACGGCGGGCAUCGGCCAGGCAUUAGCCGAGCGCAUGAUCGAGAAUGGCAUCUUCGUCAUUGGCGUCGGCCGCCGAAAGGAGAGGCUCGACGCAUUCGUAGCCAAGCACGGCCCCGAAAAGGCGGCGGCAUCGCAAUUCGACAUUACCGACUUCGACAAGAUCGAGGCGUGGGUCCAACAAAUCACCACCGCGUACCCCCUCAUCGACGCCGUGAUCCUCAACUCGGGUAUCCAACGCACCCUCGACUUCACCAAGCCUACGGCCAUCGACCUGCCCCGCACCAUGCAGGAGCUGGGCACGAACUACACCUCUUACCUAUACCUGAUCACGUACCUACUCCCACACCUACAAUCGCUGGCCCCCAAGCCGGCGGCCCUAGUCGGCGUGACAUCGGGCCUAGCCCUCGUCCCGCUGCCGCGGUGCGGCAACUACUGCGCGACGAAGGCGGCGCUGCACUCGCUGCUCUGGUCGAUCCGGGCGCAGCUCAGCUACGACGCGAAAAGCCAGCACAUCGAGGUCAUAGAGAUCCUGCCGCCGGCCGUGCAGACGGAGCUGCACUCGCAGCAGAAGGAGCUGGUGGCUAUCGGGGAGGGGAAUAUCGGGAUUCCCCUUGAGCAGUUCUUGGACGAGGCGUGGGCGGGGCUGACGAGGGGGGAUGAGGAGAUUCCGGUGGGUAUUGUGAAGGAUAGGUUCGAUGUGACGGAGGAGCCGCGGCGUGCGCAGUUUAGGAGGAUUGUGGAGGCGUUUAUGGGGAAGAAGAAGUGACUAUCGCGUGGAUCGAGAUUAUGAGGCUUGAGGAAUACUAGUGUCGUGACUGAGAGGUGCUCCGAAUAGACAAAUGAAGAAGCUCUAGAUCUAACGUGAUACGUACUAUAGCGAAGGGUUAAAUCUCGAGAUUUUUUAAUAAAUUGACCGCGGCUUGACUGAAGUGACUGUAAGUGUAAAAUAACUGGAAUCCAUCAUGAUAGGUCGUUGCUUACCAGACAACGAUAUUGCCAAGAACCAGUGCACAAAACCCUUAGCGCA